GUUAGAGUGAAAUACAGAACUAUAUCAGACUUAUCAUCGGGUUUGUUGAUCGCACUCGUUCGACCCAAAGGACAAGCAUUCAAUCUCAGUUGAAUCUAGUCUAAGUGAGGUGAGCUGUUGAAUGAUGAAAUGGUUUUAUUUUUGGUUUUAGGCAGCAGAUCGACCAUGAUAAAUUUACGUGUUUUCAAUGACAACAUAAAAUACGAUCUCUUGGCCCUACUUUAUACAUUACACUAAAAAAAUGUUGGGGCUGUGAUCAAGAAUUGAGUUAUAAUUUUAACGGAACGUCAGUUCAUUGCAGUGCAGUAGGUAUAUGGAGAAUUACAACGAUGCUAGGCUAAGACGCACUAAUGUAAUGAAAUAAAUAAGGAGCGUGGUCAUGUCCAGUUGGUCGUGACUGUCGAAUUCUCAUUAAUCGCGGCCUCAAGUGACAGCUCGGUUUAGCCUGCGAAAACAGCCGUUUCCCCCCCGCUUUUCGCCGCUGGGGAUGUUUCGUUUUCUUGGCGAAACGUCCUCAGCGACGAAGAACGAGGAGAAACGGCUGUUUUCGCAGGCUAAGCUCGGUUAAGUUUUCUGUCUUUUUUUAAUUGAUAACGAGGUAGAUCUAUUGAUGACCUCAUAGAUAGAUAGUUUUUCAGAUAUAAACGUUAGUUCAACCAGUAUUCAAAAUAAUUGCGGAAGUUAACUGUCUCUCUAGCUACAAAAUAAAAGUUACAGAAAUAAAUGCUUUCCAUGGGAGUCAUGCUGCAAGAAUUAUCCUUAAAACUUUUCUUAAAACCGUGGCGACUUAGUUUUGUCAGGAGCCCAUCAUGUAUUGAAGUUGUUUACUCAAGUCGCUUGUCGAAAUACUCUUCUGCGGUUUUCUCAACUUUUUACAUGGCCCAUGCAGUUAGAGAAAGUCCGUCGACAUCACUGGAAGAAUUAGAAUAGUAAUCGUAAGUAGAAUUAGUAAUAUUGCCAAAUUCGUAAGUGAUUCGUCUUACGUAAGAGAGCGAAGAUGAGGUGUAGACGAAUUUUCCCUAACUUGUUAACGUCAAAAGUUGAAAAAGACCGAGGGAGGGUUUGGUACAGUUAAGUUGUUCCUAGUUCCAGAACUGAGCUCCACUGAAGGAAAAACUCCUCUUUAGAUUAUCAAUCCGCGGUUGUGGAAGAACUAGUUCGCUUUCGGUGUUCUUCAGACCAUAAGCACUCGCGUUGUCGUGAUAAACAAAUAUGGAUCGCGGGAAAGUACGAUUUGAAAACCAUCGAUAAAUCUCCGGCCUUAUGCAACACUCGUCAUAAUUAUUUUUUUCUAUCUGACAGUAGACGAGCAUGGAAGGAACACUACGCAGUGUAGAACCAUUGGCCUAUUACGUCAAUACUUUGUCCGACUUUGAUGCCGAAGUAGUAACAGCCUACAAGAAGAAAGACAAUAAAAAAAUCAAGCAGCUCGCCUCCACCGGGAAGAUGGAUAUGGAUUUAUUCAUUUGUGUGAACAAACGAUGGCACGGGUUUAUUUUGUGCGUUCCCGCGGGUGAAGACGACGCUGGUUUGGUCGAUUUUUCGGAUGUUGUAAAAUCACCCUUUGACAUCCCCGCUCAAAUGAUGUGCUGGCAAUACGAGCUGUGUAUUGAGAACGAAGAACUACGGUGGUACAAGAUACGCAAAGAGUGCAGUCUCUUCAGGGAUGUCGAGAAUAGAAUCCAGCGCAGUUUUUAUAUCAGUAGAUUCAAAGGAAUAAGCUUAAACGCUUUGCAGUUUGUGGCCAUGCGAGCUGCUCCCCAUCGAUACAGCGUUCUCCUGGAGGAUUGUGUCGAGUUUGCGAAGGAAUUUUGCAUCCAGGCCCUUGCAUACUCUUCUAACUGGCGUGAGAUAGAAGAGCGCGUGCAUGGUAACAUCACUAAGGCAACAGCUAGUGGAUUCAGUGUCGAGAAGCUGUCGCGAAACAUACGCAGCUCUGGCUGGCUGGGGAAUACUUUCCUGGGAGGGGUGGAUGUUAGCAGUUGGUUGUCGAAUCGUUAUGGCGUCGCCAUGGCGGUUUGUUUGGGUUUAUUUUUGCUCAUUUAUCCUGUUGUAGUUACUGUUAUUGUGAUCAAAUUGUACAAAUAA